AUGUGUGAAGUAAUGCCCACCAUCAACGAGGGGGACCCUCUGGGUGCCCCCCACGGUGCCGAGGCAGAUGCCAACUUUGAGCAGCUGAUGGUGAACAUGCUGGACGAGCGGGAGAAGUUGCUGGAGUCGCUGCGAGAGAGCCAGGAGACCUUGGUGGCCACCCAGAGCCGCCUCCAGGACGCUUUGCACGAGCGGGACCAACUUCAGCGCCACCUCAACUCUGCCCUUCCCCAGGAAUUUGCCACCUUAACCCGGGAGCUGAGCGUGUGUCGGGAGCAGCUUCUAGAACGGGAGGAGGAGAUUUCAGAGUUGAAAGCUGAACGGAAUAACACAAGGCUGCUAUUAGAACAUCUCGAGUGCCUCGUGUCCCGUCAUGAGCGAUCCCUUAGAAUGACGGUCGUGAAGCGUCAGGCUCAGUCUCCCUCUGGUGUCUCCAGUGAAGUGGAAGUGCUCAAAGCCCUGAAGUCUCUGUUUGAGCAUCACAAGGCACUGGAUGAGAAGGUUCGGGAGAGGCUCCGGGCAGCGUUGGAGCGUGUGAGCACCUUGGAGGAGCAGCUGGCCGGCGCUCACCAGCAGGUGUCUGUUCUCCAGCAGGGAGCAGGGCCCCGGGAUGGAGCCUCUGGAGAAGACGGGGCCCUGGAGUUGGGACCAAGACUCUUGUGGAAGGAUGAAGCAGGCCGGGCGGGAGAGCUUCAGGAGCGCCUAGAGAAGCAGACCUUUGAGCUGAACCAGGCCCGUGAGCGCCUGGUGGCCCUGGCUGGCACGGUGGCCGAGCUAGAGGAGGACCUGAGCACUGCCCGUAGGGACCUUAUCAAGUCCGAGGAGCUAAGCAGCAGACACCAGCGGGACCUCCGAGAGGCUUUGGCGCAGAAGGAUGACAUGGAAGAGAGAAUCACCACGCUGGAGAAACGCUACCUGGCGGCCCAACGUGAAGCAACGUCCAUCCAUGACCUCAAUGACAAGCUGGAGAAUGAAUUGGCCAAUAAAGAGUCCUUGCACCGUCAGUGUGAGGAGAAGGCCCGGCACCUACAGGAGCUUCUGGAGCUGGCUGAGCAGAAGCUUCAGCAGACAAUGCGCAAAGCUGAGACCCUGCCCGAGGUCGAGGCCGAGUUGGCUCAGAGAAUCGCUGCCCUCACUAAGGCUGAAGAGCGGCAUGGAAACAUUGAAGAGCAUCUUCGGCAGCUGGAGGCACAGCUAGAAGAGAAGAACCAGGAGCUGGCCAGGGUACGCCAACGGGAAAAGAUGAAUGAAGACCACAAUAAGCGUCUCUCAGACACCGUAGAUCGGCUACUGAGUGAGUCCAAUGAACGGCUGCAGCUACACCUUAAGGAGCGGAUGGCUGCUCUCGAGGAAAAGAAUACACUCAUCCAGGAGCUGGAGAGCUCCCAGAGGCAGAUUGAGGAGCAGCAGCACCACAAGGGCCGCCUUUCAGAAGAGAUUGAGAAGCUACGCCUGGAGGUGGACCAGCUGAAGGGUCGAGGGGGGCCAUUUGCAGAUGGCGUCCAUUCCAGGUCCCACAUGGGCAGUGCUGCGGACCUUCGGUUCUCUAUGAGUGCCGGAGCCCACGCUCCUGCUGGCCCUACCCCCAGUCUUCACCGCAGAUUUUCUGCCCUUCGGGAGGAGCCCACCAAGGACUGGGAGCCAUCGCCACUCUCCGGGGUGCUGGCUUCCACGGCCGCCCCCGCCUUUGAUAGUGACCCUGAGAUCUCAGACGUGGAUGAGGAUGAGCCAGAGGGGCUGGUGGGCUCUGUGGGUGUCAUCUCUCCCAGUGGUCACUCAGAUGCUCAGACCUUGGCCAUGAUGCUUCAAGAACAGCUGGACGCCAUCAAUGAAGAGAUCAGGAUGAUCCAGGAGGAGAAGGAAUCGACAGAGCUACGAGCGGAAGAGAUCGAGACACGGGUAACCAGCGGCAGCAUGGAAGCGCUGAACCUCACCCAACUGCGCAAACGCAGCUCAAUCCCCACCUCGCUGACCGCCCUGUCUCUGGCCAGUGCUUCUCCACCCCUCAGUGGCCGCUCUACACCCAAACUCACCUCCCGCAGUGCAGCCCAGGACCUGGACCGGAUGGGUGUCAUGACCUUGCCGAGUGACUUGAGGAAGCAUAGGAGGAAGCUACUGUCACCAGUGGCUCGGGAAGAGAACCGAGAAGAUAAAACCACCAUAAAAUGUGAGACUUCUCCUCCUUCCUCACCCAGGACUUUGCGGUUAGAGAAGCUUGGUCAUCCGGCCCUGAGCCAGGAUGAAGGUAAAAGUUCCUUGGAUGACCAAGGCAGUAACCCCAGCAGCAGCAACAGCAGCCAGGACUCCCUGCACAAGGGCACCAAGCGCAAGGGAAUCAAGUCAUCCAUUGGUCGACUCUUUGGGAAGAAAGAGAAGGGAAGGCUGAUCCAACUGAGCCGAGAAGGAGCCACAGGCCAUGUUCUUCUGUCAGAGUCAGAGGUCAAUCUGCAGGAGCCCCUGGUGCCUGCCAAGCUGGGAACCCAGGCUGAGAAGGACCGGCGCUUGAGAAAGAAACACCAGCUUCUUGAGGAUGCACGCCGGAAGGGAAUGCCUUUUGCCCACUGGGAUGGCCCCACCGUGGUCUCAUGGCUGGAGCUGUGGGUGGGAAUGCCAGCCUGGUAUGUGGCUGCCUGUCGAGCCAAUGUCAAGAGUGGUGCCAUCAUGUCGGCUCUCUCAGACACAGAGAUCCAGCGGGAGAUCGGCAUCAGCAAUGCCCUGCACCGACUCAAACUUCGGCUGGCCAUCCAGGAGAUGGUGUCACUGACUAGUCCUUCAGCCCCACCCACCUCUAGGACGUCCUCGGGGAAUGUUUGGGUCACCCAUGAGGAGAUGGAGACGCUAGCAACGUCCACAAAAACAGACAGUGAGGAGGGCAGCUGGGCUCAGACCCUGGCCUAUGGGGACAUGAAUCACGAGUGGAUUGGGAAUGAGUGGCUCCCCAGCCUGGGCCUCCCCCAGUACCGCAGCUACUUCAUGGAAUGCUUGGUGGAUGCCCGCAUGCUGGAUCAUCUCACUAAGAAGGACCUUCGAGUCCAUCUGAAGAUGGUGGACAGCUUCCAUCGGAGCAGCCUGCAGUAUGGCAUCAUGUGCUUAAAGAGACUUAAUUAUGACCGAAAGGAAUUGGAGAAGAGAAGAGAGGAGAGCCAGCAUGAGAUCAAGGAUGUGCUGGUCUGGACCAAUGACCAGGUGAUACACUGGAUCCAAUCUAUUGGACUGCGGGACUAUGCCAGCAACCUUCACGAGAGUGGUGUACAUGGGGCCCUCCUCGCUCUGGAUGAGAACUUUGACCACAACACUUUGGCCCUGGUCUUACAGAUUCCCACACAGAACACCCAGGCUCGACAAGUGAUGGAAAGGGAGUUUAAUAACCUGCUGGCCUUGGGCACAGAUCGGAAGCUGGAUGAUGGGGAGGACAAGGUGUUCCGCCGUGCCCCCUCAUGGAGGAAACGCUUCCGGCCACGGGACCCCCACGGAGGGAUGCUCAGCACCUCCGCCGAGACCCUCCCCACCAGCUUCCGGGUCUCCACCCUGGGGCCCUUGCAGCCCCCUCCGGCUCCGCCAAAGAAGAUGCUGCCAGAAGUUCAUUCCCAUUAUCUCUAUGGACACAUGCUCUCCGCCUUCCGGGACUAGCCACGGCCCAGCCGGCCUCCUCCUCGGCCUCAGUGGCCUGGCCGGCUCGAUCCCCUCCUGCUUGUCCCCUUUCCAGUAGUCCCCAGUCUUGUCUGUGAUUUUCCAGUGGCCCCGGAUCUCAGCAUAUAUUCAUUCUCUAGCGCUGACCCUCGUCCCUUUCGUCCGUGUGUUUCAUGAGGCUUUGGCUGGGGCCUCCGCGUGCCAGGCACGGCCCCGCGGAUGGGUCACUCUCCGACUGCAGGGGAGAGAAGGCAGCAAGGCCAGGGGGAAAGGACUCCUUCCCCUUCUUCUGAAUCCCUGGCCCGUUCCCGUGACCCUGGAGCGAGGGCCAGGCCUCGUGGUGUCCGCAGAGAAGCGUGAACUCUGGCUCUGGUCUCAGCCUCCUUCCUUCUAGAGUCCCCUCUGGGCCCUGAGAGUGUUUCUGCCUAAUAACUGAUUUUGACACCCUGUGACAGCUUCUACAUUAGCAAUAGCCACAGAAACAGCUCUCGGGGCUUCCUGAGGGUUUCAAGGGACCUUGAAAUCUUCCAAAAAGGCAGGAGAACAGAGCAAAGGGCUUCAGCUAGGCUUGGGGCAUGGGGAGAGUGAAACAGCAGGAAUAUCUCCACCACCAGAUGAGGUUCCGGCUCAGUCUCUCUGGGAUCCAAGCCCCAGGCUCUGGCCAAAGAGAAUUUUAGGAAGAAUGGGGUGGACCAGCAGGCCGGCUUGGGACCAGUGUGGGAAAAGGGAUGAGAAGAAAGGAAAUACAAAAUGGC